AUGGCACAACGGGCGCCAAAGUUUCCCUCCAGGCCGGUAGCCCAGCUGGUCGGGUCAAAUGGCCCGGUCCAUGCCCUUACCUAUUCGGCUUCCCCCUCAACCUACAUCCUGAGUGGCUCAUCCGACCGCUCCAUACGGCUGUACAACCCAACUAACGCGACCCUCCCCCCUUUAUCCUCCUCCUCAUACGUCACCAAAUCAACAAGCAGUACCCCUUCAAUCCCCAUCUCAACCCCGAUCCAAACAUACACCUCCCACGCCUACGCUGUCCUUUCCAUUGCCGUCUCCCGCUCCAACGCUCACUUCGUCUCCUCCGGCGGCGACCGCGCUGUUCUCCUCUGGGACGUAUCUACUGCUCAGACCAUCCGACGCUUCGGCGCCUCCUCCAUAGCACACUCCCACACGGGCCGUGUCAACGCCGUUCUCUUUGCGGGCGACACCGUUGAGAACCAGAACGACGCCGUCGCCGAGAACAUGGUCGUCUCCGCCGGCGUGGACGCCACCGUCCGCCUGUGGGACGUGCGCUCGUCGAACCCCAAGCCGAUUCAGAUUCUUACUGAGGCCCGGGAUGCGGUAACUUGUCUUGCAGUGCAUGGUCCCGCUAUCCUGGCGGGGAGUGUGGAUGGGCGGCUGAGGACGUAUGAUGUGAGGAUGGGGAAGUGUAUUGCGGAUACUAUGCCUGCGGCGGUGACUAGUGUCUGUGUGUCGAGGGAUGGGAGGACGGUGUUAGUUGGGACGUUGGAUAGUAAGAUGCGGGUGUUGGAUCGAGGGGAGGGGACAUGUUUGAGGACGUUUCCCGGCCAAAAUGGGGGCGAAGAUGGGGCAUGGAGGAAUGAGGAGUUGAGGGUGCAGAGUGUGUUUGGUGGUGGGGAGCGAUGGGUGGUUGUUGGUGAUGAGAUGACUGGUGCAGGAGAGGUUAACUUUUCGAACGGAGAAGGGAGAGUUUGGGCAUGGGAUUUGCUCACGGGGAAAUUGGUCGCCAAGGUGAACGUGCCGUGGGGGGCUGGGGAGACGGGGAAGAAAGCAAUUGGCAGAGAUGGGAGGGAGAAGGAACGGAAGAACGUCGUGAGCUGUAUUGCGUGGAAGGAGAGCGGUUUUGGGGACCAGUUUUGUGUAGGGGGGACGUCAAGUGUGGUUACGGUAUUUGGUGAAAGAUAA